AUGUCAGUGCUAAAAGCCGGAUUGUGUGCCUGUAUGACUCAACAUAUGGUUGAGGUUCUCAGUCAAAACGAGAUCACAACAGCUGUCGACUUUAUCAGCUUAGACAUUGAAGAAAUAUGUUCCAAAACUGCACUUCCCUACAAGGACUUGCUUGCUACCCGCAGGGUCCUUUUGGCCCAGUACUCUGCCUUUCCCAUCAAUGGAUGUGACUUGUAUGAAGACACUCUAAGUACUGCUGCAGUUUUGUCCACCGGCUUUCCUUCCUUAGAUCAACUCCUUGAUGGUGGUGUCUACACAUCGGAAAUAACUGAGAUCGUAGGAGGACCCGGCGUGGGGAAAACCCAGAUCUGUCUGCGGACCUCAGUUUCUGUUGCCAAGUUGCAGGGAAAUGCUGUCUUCAUUGACACGAAUGGUUCAUUCUCUUGUGAAUGGCUGGCGGAUUUUCUUGAGAUCCAAGACCUUUCUCCUCAAGACAUAAAAGAAAUCUGUUCUCGUAUUCAUUGCGUAAAAGUCUUCGAUAUAUUUGACAUGUUGUCUUACCUUGGGGACUUACGGACAAAACUUAAUGAACAGAGUGAAACAUUCUAUUGUGGAAUUAAACUUGUCAUUGUGGAUUCUGUUGCUGCAAUUGUGUCACCAAUUCUUGGAGGAAAACAAAUUGAUGGACACGGACUAAUGAUGCACCUGGCUCAAGCCUUGAAAUCGCUGGCUGUUGAACAUUCGAUAGCUGUCCUGACAACUAACAAUACUGUAAUGGGAGACGGAGGCCACACUAAAGCAGCCCUUGGAAAGUCAUGGUGUAGUGUCCCUAAUACUAGAUUGGCGCUCACUUCGACAUUUCAACUUGAUCAUAUGACUAGAGACAUUGAACGGAAAUGUGAAAUCACAAAAUCAUCGAGACAGCCAAUUGGUGGGACGACUGUUCUUUCAAUUUAAGAACCCCACUGGUUAAUAAUGUUAUCAUUUCUGAACUGCAAUGGCAUUGAGUCAUAUUUGUGAGGGUGGCAUUUACUUUGAAAGGAUAUGUCAUUGGAAAGUCCGACAUGUGAAAC